UAAGCCAAGUGAAAGUGAGUUAGGUGGAACCGAGUUAGAUGAAAGCGAAUUAGAUGAAAAUAUGUUAGAUGAAAAUGAGUUAGGUAGAAGUGAGUUAGAUAAAAGUGAGUUAGAAGCAAUCGAAUCUGAUAUCCCUAAGGAUAUUGAAGAAUACAGUAAAUUAAUUGACCAACCUGUUAUAAUUGAGGAUAUACUCACAGAUGAGGAUAUAAUUGAAAUGGUAAAACAUGACUUUAAAGAUAAUAGUGAAGUUAGUGAUGAUAAUAAUGAACCACCACCCCCACCGCUAGUAACUGUUACAGAAGCUGUAAAGGCGCUUAAGAAAGUUAUAAGAUAUUAG